AUGACGCUGGGAGGCACGCACGGCCGGUCCUGCCUGCUGUCGCAGAGGAGGGUCCAGGCGGUGUUGGUAUAUAGAGUACUAUACAGUGAUAGACGGAGCUCAGCAUCGGCUGUCCGGGGAGAUUUUAGUACUUUGCAGUUAGAGUUUUGUUCACUAGACAACUCCUCAAUGAUGAUGAACUCUGACAUGGAUGCUCUGGAAGUAGAAAAUCAAGUCGAAUUAGAAGAAAAGACUCGACUGAUUAAUCAGGUCCUGGAACUGCAGCACACUUUAGAAGAUCUCUCAGCUCGCGUUGAUGCUGUUAAAGAAGAAAACCUGAAGCUCAAGUCAGAAAACCAAGUUCUUGGACAGUAUAUUGAGAACCUCAUGUCGGCCUCCAGUGUCUUCCAAACAACAGACACAAAGAGCAAGCGAAAGUAG